GCAGAAACUUUGUUUGACGUCUCUUCAAAAAGGAAAGCGUUGGGAUUUGAGGAGCACGCGACCGAGGACACGGUUUUAACAUCAGGAGAAUGGAUGGCCGAGGAUUGCUGACAAGCUACAAGGAAAAAGAUGAGCUCCAUCCAUAUGUAUUUUACUCUCCAAAAAGAGCCGUCUGUACCACGUGGGGAAGAGGACAUUUCAAAACUUUUGAUAAUUUGAUGUACAAUUUUUUCAAAACUUGCAACUACGUUUUUGCCAGUGAAUGCGCAGAUUAUUUCCCAGAUUUCAGCAUUCAAUUUCGCAGGAGAAAUACUGGGGAUAUCGAAAGACUCCUUAUUCAAAUAUAUAGCACAACAGUCAGAGUGGAAUUCGGAAGAAUUGGAGUCAACGGUCAGCAGAAUGUUCGUCUACCGUACAGUUCAAAUGGAAUAAGUAUUCAGCCUUUUGGGAACUUUGUCAGAUUGUUAGCCAAACAACAGGGAGUUGAUGCCAUUGUUGUCUGGAACAAUGAAGACUACCUGAUGGUUGAAUUGGGAGACAAAUAUAAAAACAAGACCUGCGGCUUGUGUGGGGAUUUUAACAACUCUCCUGAAUAUAAUGAGCUUUUCCAUGAAGGUCAUAGAUUUACUAUACUCCACUUUGCUUCUCUACAUAAGUUAGAUGAUCCUUUGGAACAUUGCAUGCAUAUGAAGAAUGAGAGUGAGGAGGAACAACUUCCGAAAUACCAAGAUUUUUGUGCUUCCCUGAUGGAUAAAGUUGCACCAGAAUGCACUGUGCCAAGAUCAGGCUAUAUUAAAAGCUGUCAACAGGACCUGUCAAAGUGCUCCAAGAAAUAUGAUGCCAACUGUGCUUGUGAUACUUUCUCUGAAUAUGCAAGGGAGUGUUCAAGGUUAUUGCAACCUGUCAGAAACUGGAGACAUGAACGAUUGUGUCCUCCGCGUAAAUGCCCAACGAACCAAGUGUACUUGGAGAGUGGAUGUCCCUGCUUUUCUACAUGUUCAAACUUGCGCUCUACCUGCGAUAGUCAUGGCACAUAUGGAUGUUUCUGCCCAGAAGGGACUGUUUUUGAUGACAUUUCCAAUAAGGGCAUGUGUGUACAUCUCAGUGAAUGUCCCUGUACUUGGAAUGGGGAUACCUACAGUCCUGGGGAUAGGAUCUCUGCACUCUGCAGAAACUGUGUGUGUUCUAUGGGCCAAUGGAAGUGCACUAAUCUCCCAUGUCCCGGACGAUGUUCCAUUGAAGGCGGCUCAUUUGUUACCACUUUUGAUUCACGACAGUAUCGGUUCCACUCAGUCUGCAUCUUUGUGCUGGUCAAAAGUCCGGUGAUACCUGGUAAUGGACACAUUGAAGCACAAUUUGAGAAAUCUGGUGUGAAGCCCACAGAAACGUCAUUAAGUGCUGUAAUUUACACAAGUGAUAAGAUAAAAAUUACCUUCCUGAAAUGGGGCAUGAUAUACGUGAAUAAUCAGAUCCAGAGUCUACCAUUCCUGAAAGCGGGUGUUAAGGUUGAGAGAAAAUCUACCACAUGGGUUCAGAUGUCUACCAGAUUUGGCCUGAAAAUGCAGAUCUACUUCAGUCCAGUUUUCCAAGUGUACAUUACUGUACAGAUGAAAUUUUUUGACACCACAGAUGGGUUAUGUGGUAAUUUCAAUGGAGAUUCGAAGGAUGACUUCAAGAGCAGUAUGGAAAUCUCAGAAGGAAUUGCUGCGAUAUUUGUCAACACAUGGCACAUUGGUGGAUAUUGCAAACAUGUGAUCGAUAAACAUCCAGACCCAUGCUCCCUGAGUCAAUUCAAAUUGGAUUAUGCACAGCGCUAUUGUUUGAAGCUGAUGAAUAAAAACAGCAUAUUUGGAAAGUGCCAUGCAUUUGUGGAUCCGAUGGAAUAUAUUGAGUUUUCAUCUUUACUUUCACCUUCAUCUUUUUCUUCUUCUUCUUCUCGGAGUGAGCAAAGGAAGAAGGCUACAAUGGGAUCUGGAGCAAGAUUCAUUAUGGCAGCAGUCAUGGUGGCGGUGAGGCAGUGCUACAGAGUUGGCUGGCUGGUGAGCUCAGAGUGA